CAACAUCAUCAUACUUGGACACUUCACAACUCCAAACCCCAUCUUCCUCACUUCAACCAUCACACUUUCUAUUGUCUGUGACAUAUCAUCACAACUGUUCCGUGCAGUCACAGACCCAAUAUCUUACUUGCUUCACUAGAGCAAUACAUUCACAGCUCCGCGAGGACAUCCUACUCAUACCACUUGUCUAUCGCCAGAUCUGAGCUCACAUCAUCACCAUGUCUGCCGAACCGGACCAUGUCAGCAAGAAGAAGGUUAACUUGCACGACGCUUCUGGCGCAGAACACAAAGAUGCCGACGAUACUGCCACCGCUAUUCUCAAGAAGAAGAAGAAGCCAAACUCGUUAAUGGUUACCGAUGCCGUCAACGAUGACAACUCUAUUAUCGCCCUCUCCAACAACACCAUGGAGGUAUUAGGAUUAUUCCGUGGUGACACCGUCUUGGUCAAGGGAAAGAAGCGCAAGGAUACCGUUCUUAUCGUUCUGGCCGAUGACGAGCUGGAUGACGGAAGUGCACGUAUCAACCGUGUUGUGAGGCAUAACCUCCGCGUAAAGCACGGAGAUAUGAUUACCGUACACCCGUGUCCGGACAUCAAAUACGCCAAGCGCAUUGCGGUUCUUCCGAUUGCCGAUACCGUCGAGGGCCUUACUGGCUCCCUCUUCGAUGUUUUCCUUGCACCAUACUUCCGCGAAUCAUACAGGCCGGUACGCCAAGGCGAUCUCUUCAUGGUCCGAGGUGGCAUGAGACAAGUCGAAUUUAAGGUAGUCGAGGUAGACCCACCGGAGUACGGAGUUGUUGCACAGGAUACAGUCAUUCACUGCGAGGGCGAGCCAAUUCAACGUGAGGACGAGGAGGGUAACCUCAACGAGGUCGGCUACGAUGAUAUUGGUGGAUGCAGAAAGCAAAUGGCACAGAUCCGUGAGAUGGUUGAGCUUCCUCUCAGACAUCCACAGCUGUUCAAGUCGAUCGGUAUCAAGCCACCCCGUGGUGUUCUCAUGUUCGGUCCCCCCGGUACUGGUAAGACCCUCAUGGCGAGAGCAGUUGCCAACGAGACUGGUGCAUUCUUCUUCCUGAUCAACGGUCCCGAGAUUAUGUCCAAGAUGGCCGGAGAGUCUGAGUCGAAUUUACGUAAGGCAUUCGAGGAGGCCGAGAAGAACUCCCCCGCAAUCAUCUUCAUCGACGAGAUCGAUUCUAUUGCACCAAAGCGUGACAAGACCAACGGAGAGGUUGAGCGCCGUGUCGUUUCCCAGCUUCUCACCUUGAUGGAUGGCAUGAAGGCUAGAUCCAAUGUCGUUGUCAUGGCCGCAACCAACAGGCCUAACUCCAUUGAUCCUGCUCUCCGUCGUUUCGGUCGCUUCGAUCGCGAGGUUGAUAUUGGUAUUCCUGACCCAACUGGCCGUCUCGAGAUUCUUCAGAUUCACACCAAGAACAUGAAGUUGGGUGAUGACGUUGAUCUUGAGCAGAUCGCAUCCGAGACCCACGGAUAUGUCGGUUCCGAUAUUGCGUCUCUCUGCUCUGAGGCUGCCAUGCAGCAGAUUCGUGAGAAGAUGGAUCUCAUCGAUCUCGAUGAGGAGACCAUCGAUGCCGAGGUUCUCGACUCCCUCGGAGUCACCAUGGACAACUUCCGCUUCGCCCUUGGUGUCUCCAACCCAUCCGCUCUUCGCGAGGUUGCCGUUGUCGAGGUACCCAACGUUCGCUGGGACGACAUUGGAGGACUGGAGAACGUCAAGCGCGAGCUCAUCGAGAGCGUGCAGUACCCAGUCGACCACCCCGAGAAGUUCCUCAAGUUUGGUCUUUCGCCAUCUCGUGGUGUUCUCUUCUACGGUCCUCCAGGUACUGGUAAGACACUGCUCGCCAAGGCUGUUGCCAACGAGUGCUCUGCCAACUUCAUCUCCGUCAAGGGACCCGAGCUUCUGAGCAUGUGGUUCGGUGAGUCUGAGAGCAACAUCCGUGAUAUUUUCGACAAGGCCAGAGCUGCUGCUCCUUGUGUUGUCUUCCUCGAUGAGUUGGAUUCCAUUGCCAAGUCGCGUGGUGGAUCUGUUGGUGAUGCUGGCGGUGCAUCUGACCGUGUUGUUAACCAGCUUCUUACUGAAAUGGACGGAAUGACCUCCAAGAAGAACGUCUUCGUUAUCGGUGCUACCAACAGACCUGAGCAACUCGAUAACGCUCUGUGCCGUCCCGGACGUCUCGAUACCCUCGUCUACGUCCCGCUUCCAGAUGAGACAUCCCGUGCUGGUAUCCUUAAGGCCCAGCUCCGCAAGACCCCUGUCGCUCCUGAUGUGGACAUCGCCUACAUUGCGUCCAAGACCGAGGGCUUCUCCGGUGCCGAUUUGGGUUUCAUCACUCAGCGUGCCGUCAAGCUCGCCAUUAAGGAGGCCAUCUCUCUCGAUAUCGAGCGCCGCAAGGCUCGCGAGGAGGCUGGUGAGGAUGUCGAUAUGGAGGAUGAGGAUGCCGAGGACCCAGUUCCAGAGCUGACCAAGGCACAUUUCGAGGAGGCCAUGGCAUCUGCCCGCCGCUCCGUUACCGACGUCGAGAUCCGCCGUUACGAGGCCUUCGCCCAGUCGAUGAAGAGCUCCGGCGGUGGUGCCUUCUUCAAGUUCCCCGAGGGAGGUGACCCAGAAGCUCAGGGUGCCGGUGCGGGAAGCGGUGGCUUCGGCGAGGCCGGCAACGAUGACAGCCUUUACGAUUAGUUAACCAUGUACUCUAUACGUUUCUAUUUUUCUCUUAUUUGCAUCUCAGUCUGGUGGGUGUCACAGGGCAUGAUCGGGCUUGCUUCUCCAGGAGUUUCGCUCCUCUGCAGCAAGUAUCUCUAGAGGUUAGCAAGGUCGACUCGAGUUUCCGGGUCGGCCGACCUACACAUCUAGCAGCGAUAUGGUUUGGGAUAUGAAUAUUCGAUGAGUUACAGGACAGCGUUGGGAGUGAAGGGAGGGUUAGAUAAGACGGAUGGGAGUCGUUGCUUUCUCUUGCUACUUGGUCGUAUCGCCAUAGAUUGUUUAAUAGCAUGC